AUGUCUUCAGAGCUCACGCCCCAUCAAACACAGAAACUCCAAGACUUCAAAGAAAUCACCCAAUACAACGACGAUGAUCACCAAAAGAUGCUAACAUUGUUGGAGAACUGCCAAUGGAACAUCGAGGCGGCAAUCCAGCGAUUCUUUGAUAACAAUUUCGAUUUCCCUCAUCUAGAACCCUCAACAGAACCUCUACCACUACCUACUCCUCCUCCUCCUCCUCCUCUUCCUCCUCCUCAUUCUUCAACCAAUAAUAAUAAUAAUAACGCUUCUACCACCAACUUUGACAGCUUCAACUUGACACAAUUCGAUUUGAUGCCAAAAUUCCCUAAGGCCAACAAUCUCUCGGGUAAUUGGAAACUCACUCCAGGAAUCAAACUAUCGAGAAAAGACGAUAGCCUUUGGAGCGAUACCUCUCUGCCAUUAUUAUUUAUAUUACUUGUGAUCCCGAAAACAUUAUUAUUUGUGAUUUUGAAAUUAGCGGAGCUUCUCAAAUUUCUAAUUCCCGGACUAUUUAAUCUUUGGAAACCUAACCUUAAUCAAUUCCCUGCGAGCCCUACCUAUUUGCCCCAACCACCAAAUACCAAAGAAGAAGCAGCAGCAGCAGCAGGAGGAGAUACCUCAUCACAACUCACAAUCUACAAAGACUUCAAUUUCAAAAGCUACUUCCAACAAGUCAUCAAGGACGCCAGUGAUUUGCCGAUCUUUGAUGGAGAAUUCAACGCUGCUUAUGAUGUUUGCAAACAGGAAUUGAAAUUCCUCAUUAUCAUCCUCAUCAAUACCGAAAACAAGGCCACAUCCGAGAUUUUUUUGAAACUGGUGGUGAAUUCUUCGGAAUUUGCCAGUUUCAUCAAUAAUAAAUACGCCGAUAGACUGGAUAAUUUCAUCAUUUGGGGAGGCGACGUCAACCAUUUAGAAGGCUGGCUCGUGGGAAGACAAUACCGGGCGAGGAACGUUCCAUAUAUCGCGAUGGUGUCCAACGUUUCCACCUACGGAGAAACUUUCCCAACCAUGUCAUUGAUGAAAUACUCUCAAAAUUUUGAAGUUUCUAAUAACGACGCCGCCACUGCAUCAGAAAAUUUAGGGAAACUCAAGGCCAAACUGAAGAAGAUCAUCAAAUUAUUCCAACGGACCGCCAACAAUUACGUGAUCCAAUUGAUAAACCAAAAGAUCGAGCGAGAUAGUCAAAAUUACGAAAGAUUACUCAAACAACAACAAGAUGAAGCGUAUUUGAAGUCGUUACACCAAGAUAAAUUGAAGAAACAACAACGUGAUGCGGAACAAUUGAAGAUCAAUAACAAAAAGCAAGAAGUAUUGGAUGAAAUCAUUGAGAAUGACAAGCACUUGCAGUUUUUGAAACAACAAUUUGUCAAAUGGCAAACGGUGUUGGUAAAUAAUGAUCGGACCUCUGAUCCAAUUGAUUUAUUCACCAACCAGCCAAUGACCGAUAAAAAACAAUAUACCACCAUUCAAUUCAAAUUACCAAAUGGUCAACGAUUUGUUAAGAAGUUUAACCGUGAUCAACCAAUGAAGGAUAUUUAUUUAUUUGUACAAUUGAAAUUGGUAUUACUAAGUUUAUUGGAGACCGAAAAGUUCGAUACCGAAGGUGAAGUGUUUGAAUAUUUGAAAACGUCUAAGAUUGCAGGAAGCAUCACGAGUGACGACAUGUAUUAUGAAACGGUGAUAUUCAGAUUCGAAUUGAACUCAUCAUUCCCGAGAUUUAAAGUGGCGAUGAAGGAACAUCAACCGAUCCACGGUAAUAAAGAUUUGGUUCCUAAUUGUAAUAUUCUUGUGGAAUUUGAUUUGGAUUAUCAAGAACAAUUGGACUUCUUGGUGGAGAAUUUCGUGGUGGAUGACUCGAAGAAACCAAUCUGUGAAAUGACCAUUGAGGACAUUGCUGAUGAAAUGAUUGAAGAAUCUAGUGACGAGGAAUGA